AUGAUUAAGUACUUACUUUUUGUAUGUUUGAUCACAACACCUUUUGCCCAAACACCUGAGGCAGUAGUAACUCAUUAUGAUUUGGAUGGCAAUUUGAUUUAGGAAGACAACUCCUUACAAGUGUCUGAAGACAUUGAUAGCAUGAAUUCAAUGAUCAUGAAUUAAUAAGAUUUAUCUUCAAGUAGCAUGGAUUCAAUUGGAACUGAUAGUAUGGAUUACUCAACACCUGAAUAAGAAUCUAUUGAAAGUAGCAAUCUUGAAGCUCCCAUGAAUUAAGAUUAACCUGAAAUUAAUAGUAUGAAUGUUGACCCUAAUUCAAUGUAUACAGAGGAUUCUAUGGUUAUGAAUGACAAUUUAGAAAACUCUAUGCCUGAAUAAGACUCUAUGUAUAGCAUUAAUGAUCCAAAUGAUAUUAAUGCUGUUGAACCAACCUAAUAAAUUGUGGAAGAAGCAUUAGCUACAGAAAGCAAUGAAGUUUCUAAUUUAGCAGAUGUUAAUUCAGAGGUUGUCAAUGAAAUUCAAAACACUAAUUUUAUUGCAGAAUCAAAUGAAAUAACUCAAGUUGAUCCAAAUUAUAUUGAUCCAAAUAAUCUUGCAAUACCAUAAGAUAAUCAAAUUGAUGUUUAAAAUAUUUUAGAAUCAAAUGUUGGAUUUACUACUGAGACUAAUAUUUCAAACACUUUAAGUUAAAAUGAAGUUGAUCCAAAUAUGGCAUUUGAAGUUCUUACAAAUACAGAUAAUUUAUAAUCAUCUUCAGAUAUGGAAAAUGGUUUUGCUUAAAGUGAAGUUAGUGUUGAUAAAUCAAAUGUUAAAAAGAUUCCAGACACUAAAAAUGAUGAAGAUCAAGAUUAGGAUUCAGGCUAAGGAGAGGAAAAACCAGAAGAAGAAUAAGGAUAACAGCAAACAGGUAUAAAUAAUAAUUCAUAUUAAGGAGACUAAAAUGCAACAGGAUAAGGCAAUGGAGAUGCUACAGUUUAAGGUGAUGGCAGUACUCCAGGAUAAGGGGAUGGCAAUGCUAGUGCAUAAGAAGAUGGCAGCUCUACUGGACAAGGGCAAGAAAAUGCUACUGGAUAAGGAUAAGAUGAUGGAUAAGGAUAAGGAGAUGGAUAAGGAUAAGAUGAUGGACAACGAUAAGAUGAUGGAUAAGGAUAAGGAUAAGGAUAAGGAGAUGCUACAGGAUUUGGACAUGGAUAAGGAUAAGGAGAUGCAACUGGAUAAGGAUAAGGUGAUGAAGAUGCUAAUGGUUAAGGACAAGGACAAGGACAAGGACAAGGACAAGGACAAGGACAAGGACAAGGACAAGGACAAGGACAAGGACAAGGACAAGGACAAGGACAAGGAUAAGGAUAAGGAUAAGGAGAUGAAUAAGGAUAAGGUGAUGAAUAAGGAUAAGGAGAUGAAUAAGGAUAAGGAUAAGGAGAUGAAUAAGGAUAAGGAUAAGGUGAUGAAUAAGGAUAAGGAUAAGGUGAUGAAUAAGGAUAAGNUCUUCAAGUAGCAUGGAUUCAAUUGGAACUGAUAGUAUGGAUUACUCAACACCUGAAUAAGAAUCUAUUGAAAGUAGCAAUCUUGAAGCUCCCAUGAA